AUGACUGAUAUAGAGUUUUAUACCGAUCCAAUCAUAUCGUUAGUGCAGGAUCCUAAUUUAAGUAAAGACAAAUGCAAAUCAACUGAACUAAUCAGGCUAAUUCAUGAAAUAUCAGAGCGACGAAUUAAUAGAUUAUGUUCUACUUCGUUUAUAAUAUUGCAAGAGUUGGAAAAUAUUCAAUUGAAAUUUAAAAGUUGGGAGUUUUUAUCAUUAGAUUUCAAUUCUGAUAAUCAUUUUGCAAACGAAGACAAUACUGUUAAAGAUUUCAAUGCUGGCGUUGCAAAUAAAGUUAUAAGUGCUUGUACGGAUUUGAAUGUCAAGAUUGCCAAAAUCUCAUCUGAUGUUGACUUAAUCAGUAAAAACUCUAGAACACUUUCACCAAGAGAUUUAAUGAGUGAUGCGGGGACAAUGUUGACUUCGUUACUACUACGAAUAAUCAAAUUGAAAAAUGAUGUGGUAGAGCAGCUAAGCAUUUCGUAUUCAAAAGCUAGAUUAAUUGUAAUUGGAGAAGAGUUAGAAAUGUGGGAAGAUGAAAACACAGUGACGUAUUAUAAAUCGUUUAUAGUUGCAUUGCUACAGCAGCUAAAUGAUGCUGUAGAACAGGGAGAUGGUGAUGCUAAGUAUGAAUGCUUAGCUGUUAUCAACGAUUUGGAAAAAAUGUUUGAAAAGUUUAGAAUAGAGAAGUUAAUUGAUAAAACGUUAGAGGACAGUCGACACGAGCAGAAUGUUCAAAGAGAAGAACAAGAAGUACAACCAAAAACUACUGCAGACGAUACUAUGACGACAAUGGCAACAACACCACAAUCGACCAUUUCAGCUCAUGGCAAACCACAAGAACAUCUUCAUCACCAUUUCCGAUAUGAAGACCAUUUGGAUGGUAUUGACUCUGAAGCAGAUUAUUAUGAGAAACACGAAACUAGUCCCGAUGAUAUGUAUUCAGAGUAUUCAAUGUUUUCAAGUUCACCACAAUUACCAAUGGUUCAUUCAAUCACUAGUGUCAAAGACCAAGAUUCUGUCAGCAAUUACCAAGGAAGUAUUACUGAAGAAUUGCCAUAUUUAAUGACAGCAUUCAGUUCCGCUAAAAAUUUUACAAACGAUAUUAAGCAUUAUAAAUUAGAAGAAGAAAAAGAGAAUAAACCAAUCAAAACGAAAACAAUUCCUGUACCACCGGCCAACCCAUCACCUCAACCCAAGAAGCCAUUUUUCCAUAAAACCAACUUACCAAAUUCUUCUCUUUACUCCGAGAGCAAUGUCAUUCACCCUCCAUUAUACUCAAACUCGGUUUUAAGAACAUUUGGUAUCAAGCCCCAGGUAAUAAGCGUUCCUAAAGAAGCAGUAGAGAAAAAGAAAACCAUCAAAGACAAGCCAUUGUUGUUAACAGAAGAGAAUGUAUCCAACUUAGCAAAACAGCAACUUCAACAUCACGAUUAUAUAGAUUGA